AUGGCCCAGAAUCUCCCCAUACGCUUCCAGGAACAUCUGCAGCUGCAGAACCUGGGAGUGAACCCGGCCAACAUCGGCUUCAGUUAUCUGACCAUGGAGUCGGACAAGUUCAUCUGUGUGAGGGAGAAGGUGGGGGAGCAGAACCAGCUGGUGAUCGUGGACCUGGCCGACCCCUCCAACCCCAUGAGGAGGCCCAUCUCUGCAGACAGCGCCAUCAUGAACCCGGCCAGCAAGGUCAUCGCACUCAAAGCUGCCAAGACGCUGCAGAUCUUCAACAUGGAGAUCAAGAGCAAGAUGAAGGCCCACACCAUGGCGGACGAGGUGGUGUUCUGGAAGUGGAUCUCGGUGAACACUAUCGCGCUGGUGACCGACUCGGCUGUCUACCACUGGAGCAUGGAGGGGGAGUCCCAGCCCAGCAAAGUGUUCGAGCGCCACACCAGCCUGAGCGGGUGCCAGAUCAUAAACUACAGGACGGACGAGCAGCACAAGUGGCUGCUGCUCGUGGGCAUCUCUGCACAGCAAAACCGGGUGGUGGGGGCCAUGCAGCUGUACUCUGUGGAGCGGAAGGUGUCUCAGCCGAUCGAGGGCCACGCCGCCGCCUUCGGGGAGUUCAAGGUCGAAGGAAACGCAUUGCCCUCCACGCUCUUCUGCUUCGCUGUUCGAUCCCCGGCCGGAGGAAAGCUCCACAUCAUCGAGGUCGGACAACCCACCGCCGGGAACCAGCCUUUCUCUAAAAAAGCUGUGGACGUGUUCUUCCCUCCGGAGGCUCAGACAGACUUCCCGGUCGCUAUGCAGAUUGGUCAUAAACACAGUGUAAUAUAUUUAAUCACAAAGUAUGGGUACAUUCACCUGUACGACCUGGAGUCCGGAACAUGUAUUUAUAUGAACCGAAUCAGUGCAGAGACUAUUUUUGUGACGUCACCUCAUGAAGCAAACUCAGGGAUCAUAGGAGUCAAUAAAAAGGGACAGGUUCUGUCUGUUUGUGUGGAAGAGGAGAACAUUGUGAACUACGUCACCAACACUUUGCAAAACCCGGACCUGGCCUUGAAGAUCGCCGUCAGGUCCAACCUCGCCGGCGCUGAGGAACUGUUCGCUCGGAAGUUCAACACGCUGUUUGCACAAGGAAGUUAUUCAGAAGCUGCGAAAGUGGCUUCUUCUGCUCCCAAGGGCAUCCUCCGCACCGCUGACACCAUCCGGAAGUUCCAGAGUGUUCCGGCGCAGCAGGGCCAGGCCUCUCCUCUGCUGCAGUACUUUGGGAUCCUGUUGGACCAGGGACAACUCAACAAGUUCGAGUCUUUGGAGCUGUGCAGACCGGUGCUGCAGCAGGGACGCAAGCAGCUGCUGGAGAAGUGGCUGAAGGAGGACAAGUUAGAGUGUUCAGAGGAGCUGGGGGACCUGGUGAAGAGCACGGACCUGACCCUGGCCCUCAGCGUCUAUCUCCGAGCCAACGUCCCAAACAAAGUCAUCCAGUGCUUUGCCGAGACCAACCAGUUCCAGAAGAUCGUGCUCUAUGCCAAAAAGGUGGGAUACGCCCCGGACUGGAUCUUCCUCUUGAGGAACGUGAUGAGACUGAGUCCAGAGCAGGGUCUGCAGUUCGCACAGAUGCUGCUGCAGGACGAGGAGCCACUGGCAGAUAUCAACCAGAUUGUGGACGUGUUUGUGGAGGGCAACCUGGUCCAGCAGUGCACGUCGUUCCUCUUGGAUGCUCUGAAGAACAAUCGUCCGACUGAAGGUCACUUACAAACACGACUCUUGGAGAUGAACCUCCUCCACGCUCCACAGGUUGCAGAUGCGAUCUUGGGGAAUCAGAUGUUCACUCACUACGACCGCGCUCACGUGGCUCAGCUCUGUGAGAAGGCGGGGCUUCUGCAGAGAGCUCUAGAACACUUCAGCGACCCGUACGACGUGAAGAGGGCGGUGGUCCACACACACCUGCUCAACCCCGAGUGGCUGGUGAACUUCUUUGGCUCUCUCUCGGUGGAGGACUCUCUGGACUGCCUCAAAGCCAUGCUCUCCGCUAACAUCCGCCAGAACCUCCAGCUCUGCGUCCAAGUGGCGUCCAAAUACCACGAGCAGCUGGGAACGCAGGCCCUCGUGGAGCUGUUCGAGACCUUCAAGAGCUACGAAGGGCUGUUCUACUUCCUGGGCUCCAUCGUCAACUUCAGUCAAGAUCCGGACGUUCAUUUCAAAUACAUUCAAGCCGCGUGUAAGACGGGUCAGAUCAAGGAAGUGGAACGGAUCUGCAGAGAGAGCAACUGCUACGACGCAGAGAGAGUCAAGAACUUUCUCAAGGAGGCGAAGCUCACGGACCAGCUCCCUCUCAUCAUCGUCUGCGAUCGCUUUGAUUUCGUCCAUGACCUCGUCCUCUACCUUUACCGCAACAGUCUGCAGAAGUACAUCGAAAUAUACGUACAGAAGGUGAACCCCAGCCGUCUGCCGGUGGUCAUCGGGGGUCUGCUGGACGUGGACUGUGCAGAGGACGUGAUUAAGAACUUGAUAAUGGUGGUGAAGGGAGAGUUCUCCACUGACGAGCUCGUGGAGGAAGUGGAGAAGAGGAACCGACUGAAACUGCUGCUCCCGUGGCUGGAGUCUCGUGUGCAGGAGGGCAGCGAGGAGCCGGCGACACACAACGCUCUCGCCAAGAUCUACAUCGACAGCAACAACGUUCCGGAACGCUUCCUGAAGGAGAACGCCUUCUACGACAGCGUGGUGGUCGGGCGCUACUGCGAGAAGAGGGACCCCCACCUGGCCUACGUGGCCUACGAGAGGGGCCAGUGCGACCUGGACCUCAUCAAGGUUUGCAACGAGAACUCCUUGUUCAAGAGCGAGUCUCGUUAUCUGGUGCGGAGGAAAGACCCGGAGCUGUGGGCCAAUGUCCUGGAGGAGAGCAACCCCUUCAGACGGCAACUCAUCGACCAGGUGGUGCAGACCGCUCUGUCGGAGACCCAGGACCCAGAGGAGGUGUCGGUCACGGUCAAAGCCUUCAUGACCGCAGACCUCCCCAACGAACUCAUCGAGCUGCUGGAGAAGAUCGUCCUGGACAGCUCCGUGUUCAGUGAGCACAGAAAUCUCCAGAACCUGCUCAUUCUAACCGCCAUCAAAGCCGACAGAACCCGUGUGAUGGAAUACAUAAACCGACUCGACAACUACGACGCUCCAGACAUUGCCAACAUCGCCAUCAGCAACGAGCUCUACGAAGAAGCCUUCGCUAUUUUCAUGAAGUUCGACGUCAACACUUCGGCGAUACAGGUUCUUAUCGAGCACAUCCAGAAUCUGGACCGGGCGUAUGAGUUUGCAGAGCGCUGUAACGAAGCCGCCGUGUGGAGCCAGCUGGCACGGGCUCAGCUGCACAGGGACCUGGUGAAGGAGGCCAUCGACUCCUACAUCAAAGCCUCAGACCCCUCAGCCUACAUGGAGGUGGUGGACGCCGCCAGCAGGAACAAUAACUGGGAGGAUUUGGUGAAAUUCCUCCAAAUGGCUCGGAAGAAAGCGCGAGAGUCGUACGUGGAGACGGAACUUAUCUUUGCUUUGGCCAAAACCAACCGUCUGGCAGAACUGGAGGAGUUUGUGAGCGGGCCCAACAACGCCCACAUUCAGCAGGUUGGAGAUCGCUGUUUCGAGGAGCGUAUGUUUGACGCCGCCAAACUCCUGUUCAACAACGUGUCAAACUUCUCGCGUCUGGCCUCCACGCUGCUGCAGCUCGGGGAGUUCCAGGCCGCUGUGGACAGCGCCCGGAAAGCCAACAGCACUCGCACAUGGAAGGAGGUGUGCUUCUCGUGUGUGGAGGGGCAGGAGUUCCGCUUGGCUCAGAUCUGCGGCCUGCACAUCGUGAUCCACGCAGACGAGUUGGAGGAUCUGAUCGGCUUCUAUCAGGAGCGAGGCCACUUCCAGGAGCUGAUGUCGCUGCUGGAGGCGGCGCUGGGUCUGGAGCGCGCUCACAUGGGCAUGUUCACCGAGCUCGCCAUCCUCUACUCCAAGUUCAAACCACAGAAGAUGAGAGAGCACCUGGAGCUGUUCUGGUCCCGAGUCAACAUCCCCAAAGUUCUCCGAGCUGCUGAACAGUCUCAUCUCUGGGCUGAACUGGUUUUCCUUUAUGACAAAUACGAGGAGUACGACAACGCCGUCCUCACGAUGAUGUCACAUCCCACAGACGCCUGGAAGGAGGGGCUUUUCAAAGACAUCAUCCCAAAGGUGGCCAACGUGGAGCUGUAUUAUAAAUCUCUGUCCUUUUACCUGGAGUUUAAUCCUCUUCUAAUCAACGACCUUCUGACCCUUCUCUCGCCGCGCCUCGACCACAGCCGAGCAGUGACUUUCUUUGCAAAGAUGAAGCAGCUGAAGUUGGUGAAACCGUAUUUAAGAUCAGUGCAGAAUCACAACAACACGUCUGUGAACGAGGCUCUGAACGACCUGCUGACCGAGGAGGAGGACUUUCAGGGUCUGAGAGCCUCCAUCGACGCCUACAGUAACUUUGACUCCAUGGGUUUGGCGCAGCGGCUGGAGAAGCACGAGCUCAUCGAGUUCAGACGCAUCGCUGCCUAUUUGUACAAAGGAAACAACUGCUGGAGGCAGAGCGUGGAGCUGUGUAAACAAGACAAACUCUACAAGGAUGCAAUGCUCUACGCGGCGGAGUCCCAGGACGCGGAGCUGUCGGAGUCGUUGCUGCAGUGGUUCCUGGAGCAAGGGAAGAGGGAGUGUUUCGCCGCCUGCCUGUUCGCCUCCUACGACCUGCUCCAUCCCGACGUGGUUCUGGAACUGGCCUGGAGACACGACAUCAUGGACUUCGCGAUGCCCUACUUCAUCCAGGUCAUGAGAGAGUACCUCGCCAAGGUGGACACACUGGACCAAGCAGAAAGCCAAAGACCGACAGAGGAGGACGUGGCCGACCCCCAGCCUGUGGUGUACGGUCAGCAGCUCAUGUUACCUGCUGUCCCUGCUGCUGCUGUUGCUGCUGUGACUCCUCCUCAGGGCUUCACGGGUUACUCAUAUGCGCCCCCUGGUGGUUUCCCUGCUCAGCCUCCGUACGGCUUCAACCUGCAGUAG